AUGGCGGAUUCAGGUCCGCAGAUCGAUGGCUUGGAUGGCUCCGUCCAGCAGGCUGCUAUAGCGGCUCUGGAGGAUGAUGAAGCACCCGAGUGCCAUCGAAGUCUACCUGUGAAUCCGGGCCAUGCCUUCAGAGAAGCAGAGGCCGACAACGAGGCACCGGCAUCGAUCGAAAGUUUGUACCUGACGAUGGAGGAACAACAUCUUCAAGUCUUGGAGAGAUUGAGUUACCAGGAUAAAAUUUUGGAGCAACUGGAAAAGACCCUGGCGAAGCCACUCCUCCGUGCUCCCGCAGAGAAAAAGUUGGCGCCCCUAGAGGUGGGCCCUGCAGUGUCGCAUAAAAGCAGCAUGUCCAGUCGCUUGUCCUUGAAGCCACGGCGGGUCUCUGGUCGAGCAAAAGCUACCUUUACACCUCAAUUCUUCACCACCUACACCCAGGCGGACCUGAGUUUGAAGCAGGGAGCUUUCAACAUGCACGCUGUGCGCUCUCGGCGAAGGUUUGCAUCGCUGAAGACUGAACAGAUCCAAGAACCUCAAGAACCUCCUCUCAUCACAAGGAUCCUCGGGCACCCUGCAUUUGACGCCUUUUUUGCCCUUACCGUAAUUGCAAACACUGUAUAUAUUGGAAUUGAUGUACAGAGUUCCAUUGAGUAUCCCGAGGGAGACCAGGUCGCCUUCCACGUUGGGAACUAUGUCUUUACCUUCCUCUUCGUGGUUGAGCUUGUCAUCCGCGUGGCCGCACAAGGCAUGAAUUUCUUCUGCUCGGAAGAUUGGAUGUGGGCGCUUUUGGACACCUUCAUCGUUAUUACUUCAUUGUGGGAUAUCGUGAUGGAUGCCAUCUAUUUUUGGCCGACCACUGGCUCAACAAACUCUAUAAGCUUCAAUGAGAUGUCGAGUUUCAAGGCCUUUCGUAUUAUUCGUAUCACGCGCAUUGUCAAGGCAGUGCGUUUGAUGCGCAUCUUCCGCUUUGUGAUGGCUUUGAGGAUGCUCAUCACCUCGAUUAUGCAUACGCUGAAAUCGCUCUUUUGGGCCAUGGUCUUGCUGGUCCUGAUCAUUUACGCCUUUGCCGUGCUCCUGGCACAGGUGGUGAAUGAUCAUAUGGUUGAUCCAGGGGAAAGCAACCCACUGGGAAUUGAUGAUGAAGCGGCUGCAGUAAAGUAUUUUGGAUCAGUGCAAAACACGAUGCUGACCUUAUUCAUGAGCAUUUCGGCCGGCGUCAACUGGGAAAAUGUUUUGGGGCCCUUGAAGACGAUUUCUUUGGCUUGGGUCUUUGUCUACUUAUUUUUCAUCGCCUUCACCUAUUUUGCGGUCCUCAACGUUGUCACUGGCGUGUUCUGCCAGUCAGCCAUAGACAGCGCGCAGAAUGACCAUGCUGCAAUUGUGCAGUCCAUCCUCGAAAACAAGGAAGCGCGCCUCGCCAAGAUCAAGACCCUGUUUUCAAAAUUUGGCGGAACAGGGUCUGGGGCGGAAGAAACGGAUUUUAUUACAUUUCCAAUGUUCGAAGAGAAGAUCAACACCCCAGAAGUGCGCGAUUAUUUCGAAUCUUUGCGAUUGGAUAUUUGGGACGCAUGGACCUUUUUCAAAAUGGUGGAUGAUGAUGGUGGUGGAACAAUUCCAAUGGACGAAUUCUUAAUGGGUUGCUUGAGACUUCGGGGUCAAGCUCGAGCCGUGGAUGUGGGUCGCAUUAUACAUGACCAGCAGUGGAUGAUAAAGAAUUUUGGCAAGUUCCAGACACACGUCGAGGUGGAGUUAAGAGAAUUGAAAGAUGAACUCGCUCGGCCCAUGGAGGGGCAGGCAUCCUUCCAGACUCCCAGAAGUUCUCGGGGCAGCAACUAUUCCCAUGCUUCGGAGAGAGGUGCUUCGUCCAAUGAAUCCGCUUUUCACGAGUCAAAACGCUCAAAGAACUCCAAGGAUGGCGCUGCCGGGGUAAUCAGCUAUUCUCUACCAAUGGACGAUUGAAAGAAUCGCUGUUUCAGAUCCCUGGAGGCUGAGUCUGAAUCCUCAUGCGCGACAGCGGCAGUCAUACUUUGGGGAC